AUGGAUCUUAGAGUUGGGUCGAAGUUUCGGCUGAAACGCCGAAUAGGCGGCGGCAGCUUUGGAGACAUCUAUAGCGGUGAACAAGUUAUUACAAAAGAAGAAGUAGCAAUUAAAUUAGAAUCUCAACAAACUCGACCUCCACAAUUAUACAUGGAAGCCAAAAUAUACAAACUUCUCAACUCAGCGACUGGAUUUCCAUCAAUGAAAUGGUUUGGUGUCGAAGGAGAAUAUAAUGUAAUGGUUAUGGAUAUGUUAGGCAAAUCACUAGAAGACCUAUACGUUAUGUGCAAAAAACGCUUUUCUCUUAAAACUGUUCUAAUGAUUGCUGAUCAAAUGCUUUGUAGAAUCGAAUAUUUACAUACAAAAGGAUUAAUUCAUCGAGAUAUCAAACCAGAUAAUUUCAUGACAGGUAUUGGUAACCAUGCAAAUCAAAUAUAUCUUAUCGAUUUUGGCUUAUCUAAGAAAUAUUUUGAUCCAAAAACGAAUGAACAUAUCCCAUUUAAAGAAGGAAAGAAACUAACCGGCACAGCUAGAUACGCAUCCAUAAAUACUCAUCUUGGCAUAGAGCAAUCUCGAAGAGACGACAUGGAAGCAAUUGGUUACGUUUUAAUCUAUUUAUUGAAAGGUCCACUUCCAUGGCAAGGAAUACCCGAGAAAGGUAAAAAGAAAUACGAACUUAUUUCAGAGAAAAAAGUUGCUACACCGAUAGAUAGUUUAUGCCAAGGAAUUCCACAAGAAUUUGCAGUAUAUCUCGACGAAGUACGUAAAUUAGAUUUUGUACAGCGCCCUGACUACGCAGCCUACAGAAAAAUGUUUAGAGAUUUAUUUAUAAGAGAAGGCUUUGUUUACGAUUGGCAAUAUGACUGGGUAAUUAACGAUACAGAAAAACCACCGGAAACAGCUUCCCCGCUAGCAGAAAGGCCUCAGGUUGCUAUGACUCCAAAUCCGCCAAGCGGAAGGAAUAAACCGCUUGUAACAAUGGCUGUUGGAACGGCUACACCAACAAUACCACACCAGAUGUAUCAGAUACCACUUCAUGAACCGCCAAAGCCUAAAAAGAGGCCAACAAUUCCAAUUAAAAUUACUCCACAGAUGAAAAUACAACCACGCAUCCCAAGAUAG